ACUUCAUAUCUUAACAAUAUCCCCAGCUAUCAAAGACAGUUUUUUAAAUCGGCCACCUAUAAGUCGGAUCUUGAACCGAUUUAAAAAGUCAUUUUUACCUGAUUUAAAAAGUGUUUUCUGUACUAGUGCGAGUCUGUUUUAAUUUACUAUCAAAGCAUUAAUUUCUAGAAUGGAUGUUGUAUAUGUCAAACAAGCUUUAAUAUUUAAGCAAGUUUAUAAGAAACUUGUUAAAAUCGAAGAUCCGAUGGAGAGUUUUUAUUUGAUGGAUAUUAUCCAAAGGUUUGGUAUUGAGCACUAUUUUGCUGAGGAAAUAAAAGUGGCUCUUGAAAAUCUGCAUUUGAUAUUGAACACCAAUCCUAUAAUUGAUUUUGUGAGUAGCCAUGAACUCUAUGAAGUUGCACUUGCAUUCCGCUUGCUGAGACAAGGAGGCCAUUACGUAAAUGCAGAUUUAUUUGACAGCUUGAAGUGUAACAAAAGAAUGUUUGAAGAAAAACAUGGUGAGGAUGUGAAAGGUCUCAUUGCCCUUUACGAAGCAUCGCAACUAAGUAUUGAAGGAGAAGAUAGUCUUAACGAUGUAGGAUAUCUCUGCUGUGAGCUUCUACAUGCAUGGUUGUCAAGAAACCAAGAACAUAACAAAGCUUUAUAUGUUGCAAACACUCUUCAGAAUCCACUUCACUAUGGAUUGUCAAGAUUUAUGGAUAAAAACACAUUCAUGCAUGAUUUGAAGGCUGAGAAGGAUUUGAUAUGUUUAGAGGAACUUGCUAAAAUCAAUUCUGGCAUAGUUAGGUUCAUGAACCAGAAUGAAACCAUUGAAGUUUCCAAAUGGUGGAAAGAACUUGGACUAGACAAGGAGGUGAAGUUUUCAGGGUAUCAACCUCUGAAAUGGUACACAUGGCCUAUGGCAUGCUUUACAGAUCCAAACUUUUCAGAACAAAGGAUUGAGCUCACAAAACCCAUCUCUUUAAUUUAUGUUAUUGACGACAUUUUCGAUGUUCACGGGACAUUGGAUCAACUUACAAUAUUCACAGAUGCUAUUAACAGGUGGGAAACCACUGGCACAGAGCAACUUCCAAACUUCAUGAAAAUAUCUUUGAAUGCACUUUACGACAUUACCAAUAAUUUUGCUGAAAAUGUCUACAAGAAGCAUGGAUUUAACCCUAUAGACACACUCAAAAAAUCGUGGAUACGCUUAUUGAACGCUUUCAUGGAAGAGGCUCAUUGGUUGAAUUCUGGUCACUUACCAAAAGCAGAGGAUUACUUAAACAAUGGAAUAGUGAGCACUGGAGUGCAUGUUGUGCUUGAACAUGCAUUCUUCCUUUUGGAUCAUGUUAGUGGUAUAACAAAGGAGACAAUUGAUAUCUUGGAUGAAAAUUUCCCAAAUGUUAUAUAUUCAGUGGCAAAAAUUCUUCGUCUCUCUGAUGAUUUAGAAGGAGCUAAGAGUGGAGAUCAAAAUGGUCUUGAUGGGUCAUACCUUGAUUGCUACAUGAGUGAACACCAAGAUAUUUCCAGUGAAGACGUGCAACGACAUGUUGCUCACAUGAUUUCAAAUGAAUGGAAAUGUCUCAAUCAAGAAAUUCUGGUCACAAAUCAGUUUUCAUCAUCAUUUUCCAAUUUUUGUCUCAAUGCUGCUAGAAUGGUUCCCCUCAUGUACCACUAUAAGAGCAACCCGAGCCUCUCUAAUCUCCAGGAACAUGUUAACUCAUUGAUUAAUGUUAGUGUUGGGUGCAAUUAGUACAUCUUUAAAUUUUGUGAUAUGAUGUUAUUCAUUUUGUAAUUUAUAUUGGGCAAUAUUGUUUCAUGGUUCUUCAGAUUAUUUCAAUACUUUAGUAUAUUAUAUCGAUCUACAUUUGGAACUAAACCAAAAAUGUAGUACUAAUUUCCCAUUUGUUUAUUGGUACUCAAACUGUGUACUUCAAUGAAAUUAUAAGCAUUGCAUUUAUACUUU